AUGACGACCCCGGAGCCCACAUCCGGUGUAGUCGAUUCGACGGGCGGUUUGGCGAACACCCUCCAUGUCGGGGCGCCACGCGAUGAGGUCCGCGGUCGCGUGCUCGAGCGCGGCGACGCGGGCGUCCUUGGCGUCGGUGACCCUGACGGCCUCCAGAUCUGCGAUGCGCUAGGCGUAGUCGGCGUCGCGGUCGACAUAGUUGGCUUCCAGGGACGCGAGGCGCUGCUCGACGGUCGCGGCGAUGGGAUUGACGCGGAUCGACUCCAGCCCGACGACGCGCUCCUGCAGCGUCAUGGUGGCGGCCGCCAUCUCGGUGAAGCGCGACUCGAUGGCGGCGGCGUGGGUGCCGAACUCGCGGUCCCGACCGGUGAAGUGGGUGUUGAUCUUGUCGAAGCAAUGGUUCAUGGUGUCGAGGACGAGCUGCAGAGCCGGAACAUGGCGCCUCGAGCUCGUUGUAGCCAGGUUGUCAGGGAGGUUGAGUUUGGGCAGGAGGUGGAGGGGGAGCUUGAGCUUGGGCACGAGAUGGAGGGCGCCAAGGAGGCCGAGCUUUGGUACGAAGGCACUUGGGAGGCCGCCGUCAGGGAGGGAUCAGAGCCAAAGUGCUUAGGCGAGGAUGCGUCAAGGGAGGUUGAGCUUGGGUACGCCAUGGAGCUUGAGCUGACCAAAACCGAGGACGAUGCCAAGGGGAGGUUGACCUUAGAUGAACCGGAUCUGAGGAAGGUGCCGAGGGGAGGUCGAGCUCGGACAUACUAG